AUGACCACGGCAGGUGUUUUCGCGCUCCUCUCCUUCGCGCUUUGCUGCGUCCCAGAUACUGCCUUUGGGAUUGAGGUGGACUGCAGUACGUAUCUCAACACUACAAGUGAGGAAGGCAGAGAGGUCGUGGACUGCCCCAAGACCCGCAGCCCCAUCUGUGGCUCCGAUGGAGUCACCUACAGCAAUGAGUGCCAGCUCUGUGCCUACAACAUAGACUAUGGAACCAAUGUCAGCAAAGACCAUGAUGGAGAAUGCAAGGAAAUUGCCCCUGUGGACUGCAGUCGAUAUUCCAACACAACAGAAGAAGGCAAAGUUUUGGUGCUCUGUGAGAAAAUCCUCGCCCCUGUCUGUGGUACCGACGGGGUCACCUACGACAACGAGUGCCAGCUCUGUGCCCGUAGCCUAGAGUCUGAGGCCAGUGUUGGCAAGAGGUUCGAUGGUGAAUGUAAGAAGGAAAUUGUUGCAGUUGACUGCAGUGACUACCCUAAACCUGUCUGCCCACUUGAGUACAUGCCCCUCUGUGGCUCCGACAGCACAACAUAUGACAAUAGGUGUAACUUCUGCAAUGCAGUCGUGGACAGCAAUGGGACUCUCACUUUAAGACAUUUUGGAAAUUGCUGAGUAUCAGUGCUGAGAGAAUUCACCACAGGAUCCCCACUGGCAAAUCCCAGCUAAAGAUCUCACCUCAGUUCAUCUCGCCCUCUGGGGAGCUCAGCUCACUCCUGAUUUUCUUUCUCAAUAAACUAAAUCAGCAA